UGUGGCGCGGGCGGGUUCCACCGUGGGAGGCGCGGUCUGGCGGAGGCAUCCGCGGUCCCAGCGCUCGGCCCGGCGGCGGGCACCACAUGGCCAGCCGGGCUCAGUCCGGCUUCCCCGCACGCACAAACAGCCGCCUGGAUGCGUUCCUGAGGCGGCAUCUGGCUCCCAAGGUCUACGACGCCAUCCGCGCCUACGAGCCGUGCAUCGUGGUGUCAGACUCGGAGAGGCACACCUUGAAGUAUGUGGUACUCAGUGACCGGCUCAUCUACUUGACCGAAAACCCGCCUAAGUCCAUCCGGCGGGUCGUGGCACUGCGGGACGUCGUGGCCAUUGACUUGGUUGAUGAUUACCCAGAAUUUUUGAGUUCACCUGAUAGAGAAAUCAACCAACACAUUCGUAUCAUCUAUUCUUCAACUGUUUUGAAAAAAGAGUGUGAAAAAUCAAAAGGUGUCAGGAAAUUCAUAAUUCCAUUUCAUCAUGCCAAUGCUAACAACAAAAAAGUCAAGGAAGAGAAAAAUGGCCUUAUAUUUUGGAGAAGCAAAAAAUGUAGAAGUCUGAAUGAAUCCUCUCUCAGGUACCACCAAGAGAGCAGCACACCAUCCAAGGACUCAACUCUGUGUUCACCUUCAGACCCCAAGAAGCUGUCCCUUCAUGGCCAAGGUGCCUUUCGACCCUUACCUGUGCCCCCCAGGGGGAGCUGUGAAUCCACGCCAGCUACGGGUGACUUGACAUCUUGCACAAUGAACCCAAAAGAACCCCAGGGACUUCCGGAUCACAAAGACUCUUCAAGUGAAUUCCUUUUCAAGUGCCAUAGGAACACAAAUGAGUUUCAUUCAGAAAAUUCCCUUCUAGGUUCCCCUUUACAAAGCAAUUCAAACCUAGAGAAGAAGGAGUUGGAACUUCAUUUGUAUGUUAUUUCCACAACCUCAUCAAUAUUUCUGUACUUGAAAAGUUCAUGGAACAAUUACAUCAUAAAAGCUACUCUUUUACAAGAUCCCUUGUAUGCUAGUGAGCUUAGAAGUCAAAAGCCAUACAGAUCUGAGGAGAAAAUUAAGCACUUCAGUCAACUUAAAUCUGAACUUUUUCUUAAAGACAAUACCUUGAGGAAGAUACUUUGUAUAAUUACGGAACUUAAGGUGGCAGCCCAGAAAAAUUUCAUUCUGAAAAGACUUUUUUGGAAAACCAGUGACCUUUUCUACUUCCUAGUGAACAAACUUCAUGAGUACUUACCAGAGUCUAAGGAUAAGAAUGCACUUCAAAACAAAAGCCAAAGGGUUGAUGAGCUGGUGACAUGCAUUGAAAUUAUACAGACCUUAGGACUGAUGUUCAGAGAAACAGAAAUUGAAUCAUCACGCAUAAACACAUUGGCAGCUAAGAAGGGAACACUAUUUAAUCUCUUGAAGAUUUUAAUUAGCAAGCCUCAGAUUCCAAAAUCUUGUCCUGUAUUUGAUGUCCAAUUGAUGGCUGAUUCAACUUUAACUGAAAUGUCUUUUGAUGCUAAGUUGCAGAAUCUUAUCCUGGAAUACACAGAUACAGCAACAGCACUUUUAUAUGAGAUACUUCUUGUCUUUCAGCAGGGAAACCUUGGAUUGGGAUCUACAAAGUUUGCUAUUAGCUGGAUGAUGUCCUUUCUUCAAAGUUGUCCUCCUAUAGUUACCUUUGUGGCCAGUAUUGUGAAACAAGUAGUGAAGGGGCUUUCAGCUUCACUGCAACUGCUAAGUCCCUUCCAAGCAGUUCUUUUGUACCAGCAGUUUUACAUCCUCAAGAGCUGCCUGCAAUACAGCAAGACUCUAGCUGAGUAUAUCAGGAAUGACUACAGCGAAGAAUUUAGGUACUUUAUUCAUAUGCCAGCCUUGGAAAAGAAGCUCCCAUUGUGUUACCCUAUUACUCAGCCAACCACUCAACUUUUUCAUGAAAUUCUCAAAUUGGUUGAACAGAAACAAUGUGUAAAAUGUUAAUAAGAAUAUAAAAUGUUAAUUGGGAGUGGAAAUCUA